AUGCCAGACGCUAAUAAAGGGGGCGAAAAUGAAAUCUCCAAAACUGAGAACAAACCCGAAUCGUCACGAUUUAACCACCCUAGCCAAACUGCUGAAAUUACAUUAGGUGACGACAUAUCCUAUAAUGAACAUCUCUGUCAAAAAUUCGGUUCCAUUCCAAUGACAACAUCUGCUCCUCCUAAUAAAACUGCCACCACAAAUUCUGAAAAUUCCUCGCCACAAACGGAGAAGAAAAUUGAGUGGAAUAUGGCAAACCAUACACAACAAACUCCGCCGUCUCCCACUGUUAAUAAUAAUGGUCCAGUUAUCCAUAAUAAUAAUCCUUUGGUGAAUGCCAUUCCCCGUGGAGAAGAUAGUAAUCACGAAGGAGCAGACGAUGACGAUGGUAGUGGUUAUGAGUCUCAAAAUACUCUAAGUCCUAUGUCUAAAAGGACCAAAAGACAAAGAAAAAAGGCGGAUAAACAGGCAUCAUCCAUUGAGCAGAACAAAUCCGCACAAGCUUCUCAUGGUGGUUUUUCACAAAAUCCUCAAGCUGGUGUUGUUUCACAAAAUUCUCUAAAGCCUCGUAAGCAACAGAUUAGAGAACGAACAUCCACAUCAUCCAUUGAGCAGAAAAAAUCUGCACAAGCUUCUCAUGGUGAUUUUUCACAAAAUCCUCAAGCUGGUGUUGUUUCACAAAAUCCUCAAGCUGGUAUUGUUUCAGAAAAUUCUCAAACGCCUCGUAAGCAACAGAUUAGAGGACAAACAUCCACAUCAUCCAUUGUGCAGAACAAAUCCGCACAAGCUUCUUAUGGUGUUGUUUCACAAAAUCCUCAAGCUGGUGUUGUUUCACAAAAUUCUCAAAUGCCUCGUAAUGCUCCUUCACAAAAUUCUCCUUCACAAAAUCUUCAACCUUCUGGUUUUCCUUCACAAAAUCUUCAAUCUUCUCCUGGUUUUCCUUCACAAAAUCUUCAACCUUCUCCUGCAGGUCCAUGGUUCUCGAAAGAACCAUUUCACUCCGUUGCGUUGUUUAUCAAUUUCAAUGUUGACUACAGAAGACUUCUACCAGAUAGAGCAGAAUUCGCCGAACACGGCUUCACCCACAUAAUCGAGACUUUCGGAUACGAAACGCGUCAUCAAACUAUACAUGCCAUAGACGCUGCCAAAGAAUUCACACUUGAAUGCGCGAUCGAUUGCUGGCGUAAUAACAAAAAUCUUACACUAUUCUUCGCGACAUGUGUGAAAGAUAACAUCCACACCGUUUCUGAAUUUGUUAAAAGCAUUCGUGAGGUUUGUGAUAAAGAGACUCUUGACAUUAUUGUAAUACACCCAGAUCUCCACAACCCUUAUGUAUGUGAAACAUUUUGCCGUGCUGGAGCGACUUCCGUAGUUUAUUCCCAAAGUUUAUACGUGGCUAGUGCUAUCAUACAUAUUUUAGAAGCUUCUACGAAAAAACGCGCAGAUGGCAUGGACAAAGUGGAUUUUUAUAAUAAGGAGGAACCUUAUUAUGAAUUUACCAAUUUUUAUCGAGCUAAAGUGGAAAUUGAUAAUGAAAUUUGGUUUACCACUGAGCACUAUUUCCAAGCACAAAAAUUUGAAAGCAUAUAUACACAAAAAAAAAUUCGCGAUGCCUAUACGGCCCGUGAUGCAUUUAAUAUCGCCCGUGCAAGGAACCACGAAAAAAGAAUAAAUUGGGAAUCACCUGAUGUACCAGACGGUAUCAUCUUCAAAGAAGUAGUAAUGGAACACGCACAAAUACAAAAAUAUACUCAAAACCCACUACUGAAAUAUAAACUGUUAUCAACCGCCACUGCUGCUUUAUUCGAACACACGUCGAAUGAUAGUUACUGGGGAGACGGUGGAAAUUUUCGACAAGGACUGAAUCGUUUGGGUUACAUUCUGGAAAAAGUCAGGUCACAGUUGAUGAAUGAGGAAAUUAAGAGGCUCGCUGAUAAAUAUAAAUGCUCGGUGCAGCAAGAGUGGAUUGUGCCGCAAUUGCGCAAACUAGUUGGGUAA